AUGACAAGGAAAAGGAAAACACUCUCCAACUCUGCCACCAACACCACCACCACCAAUGACGGUGAAAAAGCGGCCGCUCCGGUGAUCACUCCUGAAUUUAGGCUUGCAAAACACUUACUACUUUCCAAAGAAAGCGGCGGUUACAAGAACGUUGCCUUUUCGUCUUUGUGCAUCAUGCUCCUUCUUGGCAUUGUUGCCGCCGGGUCCAAAGGUCCGGACGUGAUCAUGGCUAACACACUCUACUUCAAAGGAUUAUGGAGAAACAUCGGCACCUUCAGAGAAAAAGAUACACGGGAUGGUGACUUUCAUCUCUUGGAUGGUGGUGGCUCAGUGAAGGUUCCCUUCAUGGAUGGAAGUCACCACCAUUACGCCAUUGCUCAUCAUUAUCAAGAUUUCAAGGUCCUCAGUCUUAAUUACAUGGAAGCCAGCGAAAAUGUCCCCAAAAGGGUGUACACCAUGCACAUUUUUCUUCCUGAUGAAAUCAAUGGCUUGCCGGCUUUGGUCCAAAAGGUGUGUACUGAAUCUGAAUCUCUUGAAAACAUGUUCCCAAACGGUUGGAAAAAAUUAGGUGUGUUAAAGAUCCUAAGAUUUAGGCUAUCUUUUAUGGUUGAGGCUUCUCCAAUGCUAAAGAAGAUGGGUUUGGUGUUACCAUUCAUGAAAGGAGCUUUGACUGAAUUGGUGGAAGAGAGAGUUGCGUAUAUUUCCGAUAUUAUCCAGAAAUGCAUCAUUGAAGUGAACGAAGAAGGGACCAAAGCUGUUGCAGCUGUAAGGUGUCAAAUACCUACGACUGCAGGAAGAACAACGAAGAAGCCUCCUCCUCCUUUUGACUUUAUUGCAAACCAUCCAUUCUUGUUUCUGAUCAGAGAACAGUAUACUGGAACUGUUCUUUUUGUUGGUCAAGUGCUCAAUCCUCUUUACGGUUAA